GUGUGAACAGGUUUGUUACUCAGAUCUGAACAUGGAAUUCAAUCCUUCAGACCAUCCUCGGGCCAGCACAAUAUUCCUCAGUAAAUCUCAGACAGACGUGAGAGAAAAACGCAAGAGUCUCUUCAUUAACCAUCAUCCUCCAGGACAAGUAGCGAGGAAGUACAGCUCCUGCCCCACUAUUUUCCUAGAUGAUAGCACAGUCAGUCAGCCAAACCUCAAGUAUACAAUUAAAUGUGUAGCUCUCGCAAUAUACUAUCACAUCAAAAACAGGGACCCAGAUGGAAGAAUGCUCUUAGAUAUUUUUGAUGAAAACCUUCACCCUCUUUCGAAAUCCGAAGUGCCACCAGAUUAUGACAAACACAACCCAGAGCAGAAACAGAUCUACCGGUUUGUUCGGACGCUGUUCAGUGCUGCCCAGCUGACGGCUGAAUGUGCCAUAGUCACCCUGGUAUACCUUGAGAGACUUCUGACGUAUGCAGAGAUAGAUAUCUGUCCGGCAAACUGGAAGCGAAUUGUCCUUGGGGCCAUCUUGCUGGCCUCCAAAGUGUGGGACGACCAGGCGGUCUGGAAUGUGGAUUACUGCCGGAUCCUGAAAGACAUCACCGUUGAAGACAUGAAUGAGCUAGAGCGACAGUUUCUUGAAUUGCUCCAGUUCAACAUCAGCGUUCCUUCCAGUGUUUAUGCCAAGUAUUAUUUUGAUCUCCGUUCUCUGGCAGAAGCAAACAACCUGAGCUUCCCCUUGGAGCCCCUCAGCAGGGAGAGGGCUCACAAGCUUGAGGCCAUCUCUCGGCUGUGCGAGGACAAGUACAAGGACUUGAGAACACCCACACGGAAGCGGUCAGCCAGUGCUGACAACCUAACUCUGACGCGGUGGUCCCCGGCCAUCAUCUCCUAACAGUGACCUCCUUCGCGAAGGACUGCUUCCAUCCCUCCGCUUUCUCCUUUAGUUUGAGAAAAGACAAGACUUGGGGUGGUUUUUGUUUUUGCCUUUGUUUUUUCCUUCCCUUUUCUCUUUCUUUUUUUUAAUUCGUAGCUCCAUCAGACCAUGUCAGCGACGCCUCCGCGCUGUGGCUGCCUGCAGCGAGGCUUCGGGGAAGUGAAGUCAGUAUUCUGGAAGUCCCGUUUCAAGCCUUUCCCUCAUCGUCAUUAACGGCAUUUCCUUUGUAGAGGAAGCACUGACUCUAAUCCCGGAGGAGGAAAUAAAGGAGAGGAGGAGGAGUGUAGAGGCAGGGAGAAAUGUCUGAGUGCUUUGCCACCUCCUAAGUCCACCGUCUCCUCAGUAGGUCAGUACAACGUGAAAAGAAAGCCUAGAUAAACAGGUUUGGACGUGCAUUAAAGAAACCGAGUGGCCAUGUUUUAGCACAACCUCUUUGGAUCAGUAUGUUCUGUGAGACUUCUUGCGUUCCUUCUUGCUGCUUAUUUUGGGUCUGGAGGAUUUUUGUCUGUUUUCAUCCUGUUUUGGUUUUGGUCCCACAGAGCAGAGAGUCUAGUUUGUACCCACUUUGGCACAGACCUCCAAAUAGAUAGUACUGGUUGCUCCUCUCCGCACUCUUGCUGUGAGCUGUCUUCUGAGCUUUCACCCUCACAAGUGGGACGUGCUUGCUGUGUGUCUGUACCCUUUAGAUGAUCUACUUUGUCUUCAACAGUGACAAAAUUAACUUGACUGUAGUGCUGAACCAAAAGUACCCCUUCCCCCACCUUAUCCUUCACCCCAAGAAGAUUCUACAUCACACGGGUGCUUCUGCCUUCAUGUUUUCUCGCAGCUGUUUUCUCUGACCUGAAGUUGUUAAAAAGUCAGUCAGACUUUGUGGGCCGAAGGAAACAGUGUGCCGCAGACAGUCCCUUCUGGAUGAGAUGUGUUUUUCAGGUGUUUUCCUGAAGUCACUGAGAAGGAGCCAUUUUUUUGUACACCCUGCCUAGUUCAUAACUCCACGUUCAUGUCCAUUGUUGCAAACAAUAUUCUUCUCAA